AUGGCGGAUGAAAAUAUUAGCCUGUACGAUUUGUUAAACUUGUCUAUCAGUUCUCCGAGGCAGGGAUUGGUGAACUUUAGGGCCAUGUACACGCUUCUCCACAGCAUUCUGAGGCAGCUGGGAAUCCGCGACAUCACCGUGAGUUUCAGUGACACCAGCCCGGGGGAGAGCACCCUAGAGCCGCAGACAGAGGAGGGUGAGCCCCGGAGCCGGACUGGAGAACCGCGGGAGACCGACCCCCCCGAGACUGGACAAGGAACCACCCAGGAGAGUGUGGGCAACGAUAAACAUUUUUUGGAGCUGAUUCAGAGGAUAGAGAAACAGACAGAUCAACUUCAAGACAAUGUGAGGGAACUGCGCCACCAACAGGAUAAGGCUUCUGCAGCUCAGUCUCAGUGGGUGAAAACCCUGGAAAGUCACGGCCAAAGAGUGGACGCUCUGGAGGAGGCUGUGAGGGUUCCAGAGGAGGACGAGCGCUACGUGACCUGGGAAGCCAUGAAGUCUGCCCUCAUCACAGAGAGGCAGAACUUACAAAAGGGCCUCAUUCAGACCAUGAAAGAUGAAGAUAUGAUCACAACAGAACCAAACACUUCAGAUGUUUCUCCUUCAUCUAAAACUCAAACCAAAGAGUCCAGAACGGAGACAGAGGCCAAAGAUGACCCGGGCCCUGGCUCAGCCCGGGUCCGGACCCUGACGCAGAAGGCCUGUGGAAGCUUCAUGUACCAGGAGACAGUGGAGGCGCUCAAAAACAUCGGCCGCCUGAAACAGCGCUGUGACGGACUGGAGGAGCGGCUCUGUUCCCUGGACCUGGAGAGGAGCCGGGAGAGACAGGAGCUGCUCCGGUUACGAGACCUGCUCCACAACACAGGUUCUGAUGAGGCGUUUGAUGCCAUGAAGGAGGAGCUGGAUGAGCAGAGAGCGUUGGUCCAAAGCCUCCUGAGUGAGAGGGACAAGAGCGCUCAGCUGGUGAGCGGGGUGCAGAAGACCAUCCUCCAACUUCAGACAGAGUGUGAGAAACUGCAUGAGACCACACGAUGUCUGCACGAAGACAACCAGCAGAAGCAGGCGCACAUCGAGGAACUGUACAAGAUGACAGAGGAGCUGGAGGAGAAGAAAGCCAACAAAAAUAUAGUAGAAACUGAAAUCCGUGCAGAUAAGAGCGUGUUGGACAGUAAAGUGAGCCGUGUGCAGUUUGACUCUGUGACAGAGCAGCUCAGUAACAUGUUUAACGACCUCCUGACCAAAGUGACCGACCGUGAGCAGGACUGGAGCAAACUCAUGGAGAAGCUGUCCACAGAGAUGGACCGUAAGUUAAACCGCAUUGAGCUGGACUCUAUGAAGAAGCAGCUGGAGGAUCGGUGGAAAACCAUCCAGGAACGAAUGAAGAACGAGGGGGCGCUAGAGCAGGACGACGCUGCAGGGAUCCGGAAGCAGCUUGUGGAGAGGUUCCACUGUUUGUCCUGUGACCGCCCUGUGGUCAAACACACUCCUGGACCACAGUUGCUGACGCUGCCGGCCUCUCCCAGUUUCCAGCCGCACAGAUCCCUGAGGCCCUUCACUGUAUACAUGCUGGAGCAGAUCAGACAGCACUGCAGGAGUGAGCGUGUGGUGGAGGUAGCAGACUACAGCCUGUACUCGGUCUCUCGCAGUUGCGGAGGCAGCCACACGGUGACGUCCUUUAACCAGAGGCAACGCAGCACAGUGCAGCAUAGCUCCCAGCAGAGCCGCCUGCUGGCCCAGAUCGACGACACAUUCGGACAGUCUGUGGAAGUUGACAUUUUGGGAGUGGACGGUAACAUUUACAAAGGACGCCUGAACGCAACACCAAGCAAAAAUAUGGAAACCAAACUCCCAACCAUUGCCUCCAAAGACGGAUCCUACAGGAGCAGAGGCCGACCCCGGAGCUCCCCUUCCCCCAGAGAGAGUGCACCGAGCUCGGGUCUGCAGCGCCCCAGCCCCCCCUCAGGUAUGAUCACACAUGGAUACAGGAAGGGAAGUCCUCCUGGUUAA